GUUCGACGCUGGCUUCUUCGACAUGACAAAGAAGGAAGCCGAGACUAUGGGUAGGAUGUCCCAAAUGUCGUAUUCAUAGCCUGCUUGACUGACCGCAAAUGUCUCACAGACCCCACACAACGUCUGCUUCUAGAGUGUUCAUUUGAAGCGCUUGAAAAUGCCGGCAUCCCAAAGGAAACUAUAGCUGGCCAGAAGGUUGGUGUCUUUAUUGGUGGGCCGGACAAUGAACACCGGAUGGGCAACUUGCGCGAUCUGGACGACGUGCCGGCGUUCGAUCCGACGGGAGCUCAAGGUGCAUUUUUGGCGGGCCGCAUUUCUUAUUAUUUUAAUCUGAGGGGCCCAACCUUCACCGUCGACUCGGCAUGUUCGUCCAGUAUGCAAGCGUUGCAUCUAGCUGUCCAGAGUAUUCGAUCAGGCGAAUCGGAGCAAGCCAUUGUUGGGGCCUCACACAUCAUCACCCAACCGGAUGUCUGGGUGUCCAUGGCUAAGUUGAGGUUAUUCGCCGAGUCGGGAAAGACAUAUGCAUUCGAUCACCGCGCGAAAUCUGGUUAUGCUAGAGGUGAAGGCGUUGGUUGUCUGAUUCUCAAGCCACUGGCCCAAGCCGUGGCGGAUAAUGAUCAUAUUCGCGCAGUUAUUGCGCAUACAGGAAUCAGUCACAAUGGAAGAACAGUUGGCAUCGUGGCGCCAAGUUCUGAGGAGCAGGAACGGUUGGUGCGCACUGUACUGGAACAGGCCAAUAUCGAUGCGAAAGACAUUGGUUUCUUCGAGGCACACGGCACUGGCACCAAAGUCGGGGAUCCCAUUGAGGCCACAGCCAUUUACAACGCCUUAGGGAAAAGUUUGACUGCUCGCGACCCCCUGCACAUGGGAUCGGUGAAGUCCAACAUCGGACAUCUCGAGAACGCUAGCGGUAUUGUAUCGGUAAUCAAGGCGGCAUUGAUGCUCGAGAGAGGUUUUAUUGUUCCCAAUGCCGACUUCGAGAGCGAGAACAAGGCCAUCCCACUGGCUUCGUGGAAUAUGAGAAUCCCGCGAGUGCAGAGGCCAUGGCCGGCAAGCAAGAAGUAUGUCUGUGUUAACAACUUCGGUUACAGCGGGUCGAAUGGUCACGCAGUUCUGGAGCCGGCUCCUUCGCAAAAUUCAAUUGACUUCUUUAACGCUGAGAAGGAUCAAGAUCGCAUCAUGGCCAAGCGAUUGUUUGUCAUCAGUGCACACGACGAAGCGGCAGUGAGAAAGAGCAUGGAGAAACUGGGCAUCUUCUUGGAGCAGCAUGCCGAGCUGUAUCAAACCACUAUGCCUCGUAAUCUGUCGUACACGCUAUGUCAGCGCAGGUCGCACAUGCCGUGGCGUGUGGCGCUCGUUGCCAACAUGUGCAGCUCCCUCGCCCUGGCACUGAAUAGCCACGACGCCGUGCCAAGACGAGCACCUGUCAAGCCUCCCAAGGUCGCUUUCAUCUUUACUGGUCAAGGUGCUCAGUGGUUCGGCAUGGGGCGCGAGCUGCUCAGCUCACACCCGGUCUUCGCCUCAGCCAUCCAAAAGGCAAAUGACCAUCUUCUGUCCAUCGGCUCUGAUUUCUCUUUGCUGGAGGAGCUUCUUCGAGAUGAGAAGGAAACUCGUGUCGGCAUGGCUCAUAUUAGUCAGCCGAUUUGCAGUGCCGUCCAGAUCGCCUUGGUCGACUUGCUGCGGUCAUGGAACAUCAAGCCAGAUGCCGUUACUGGGCACUCCAGUGGCGAGAUUGGUGCAGCGUACGCUGCGGGAGCGUUGACCCUUGAGGGUGCAAUGUCGGCCGCGUAUCAUCGAGGCCAAGCCAUCAUCACACUCAAGAAGAGGCAUUCUGGUCUUAAGGGUGCUAUGAUGGCGGUCGGUGCUGGUGCGGAUUCGCUGCAACCCUUUUUCAAGACGCUGCAGGCUCCGUUUGAAGCUGUGGCUGCUUGUGAGAAUUCCCCGUCGUCGACCACUGUUUCGGGCGACGCUGAGGCUAUUGACCAAUUGGCUACCGUUUUCAAGGGCAAGGAUAUCUUCAACCGAAAGCUCUUCGUCGAUGUGGCUUACCAUAGCCCCCACAUGAAACUGAUUGCUGAGCCGUACUACAACGAUAUCGCCGACAUACGCCUGUGCAGCACGGAUAAUGACGUUGAGUUUUUCUCGUCACUGCGCGGCCGCAAGAUCACCUUGGAUGAGCUAGGACCGCAAUACUGGGUUGAGAAUCUGACUCACCCGGUCCGCUUCGCCACGGCUCUCCAGGUGAUGUGCAGGGAGGCCGAGCUAGAUGUUCUAGUUGAGAUCGGGCCCCAUGCUGCUCUCAAGGGCCCUAUUAUGCAGACUUUGAAGACGAUGGGUCUGGCUGCCGCCAAGAUGCCCACCUACAUGUCUACACUCGUCCGAGGCCGCGAUGCGACCGAGACGUGUCUGGAGCUCGCAGGUCAGUUGUUUACUCGCGGCUAUGAGGGUAUGGAUUUUUUCAACAUGAAUCACAAGCGCCAAGAGACGGAGACGCCCGAGGUCAUUCCCAUUUUGUACUCAUACCCCUGGUCGCGCCAGCGCUGCUGGUAUGAGAGUCGCAUCACGCGUCAACAUCGUCUGAAGCCAUUUGCCCGUCAUGAUCUCCUCGGCACUUUGGCCGACUGGAGCAGCGAUCUCGAACCAACUUGGCGUAACAUUUUGAGACUCGAAGAUAUCCCGUGGCUGCGCGAUUACACUGCCCAUGGCCAAAUGGUGUUCCCUGUGUCCGCUUUCGUGUCCAUGGUCAUCGAGGCUGCUAGUCAGCGUGCCAACAUGAAGGGACUCGAGGCUUCCAGCUUGAACAUCUGCGAUGUCGUCGUUCGGGAACAACUCUUCUUGGCAGAAGAUGAAGCUGUGGAAAUGAUGUUGCACAUGCGACCUUGCACUGAAAAUGGCACCAGCGGUGAUGAAUUUCACAUCGUUAGCUAUGAGGCCAAGCGUGGAUGGUUGGAGCACUGCCGCGGCUUCGUUGACAUUAAAGUCGCCGUCGGCAAUGAGACGAGCCUUCGGUCCAAAGCUCGAUUUCAUGCUGCCAUCCGGCCUGAUGCUUCGUCUGGCGCUGAUUUUUAUCUGAAUAUGCACUCCGCGGGAGCGGCCUUCCCGCGAGGUUUCUGGGGGAUUACCAGUAUUUAUCCAGAUGCUCAGGGUGCCAGCGCUCAAGGCACCUGCCAGGACACUUCCAUUGACAUGCCCAUGAACUAUGAGACUCCAUAUCUGGUACAUCCUGCCAUAUUGGACUCAAUGGUCCAGUUGGCUGAGUCCGACUUGGGCAUCGCCGGAUUUGGUGUUCCCCAACUGCCGUCUGCCAUCAAGCAACUCCAAAUCCACCUGAACAACAGCUUCAAAAAGAGACCUGGAUCGAAAUUCUUUGUCCAGUCUACCAAGGACUCUAAAUCUGGCUCAUUCUUGGUGGAAUUGUUCUCAACUCUUGAGACCGAUAUCCCGUCUAUUUCGAUGUUGGGACUUGAGCUCUCCACUCUAAGGGUGGCUGCGACUCAGGCUAUCGACCCCAGAGAGCUGUGCUUCAAGGUGCAAUGGGAGAAGACUGCGGAGCGACAGGUCAAUGGUGUCAAUCCGGAGCACAUGAAGAUGUACGGCGAACGCGUGGUCAUUGUCGCCGAUCGAGCCCCGAAUGAUAUGCUCGUGAGUGCUUUGUCCAAGGCUAUCGAGUACCACACUGGCAUCAAUCCGACCGUCUGUAGCUUGCAGAAGAUUCAGGACUUUAGUGGCUUUUUUGUGGUUCUAUCGGAACUUGAUUGCCCUUUCCUUGCAUCCAUCAACAAGCUCGACUUUGCGCAGAUGCAGAAGUUGUUGACUCAGGCUGCUGGUACACUGUGGGUGACUCGUGGUGCUUCAAAGACACCUAGCAAUCCUGAUGGCAACAUGGUCUUGGGCAUGCUCCGUACCAUCCGAUCUGAGCUUGGCCGUCCGGCUGCCACUCUUGAUUUGGAUCCGGUCAGUGAUCUUGACGAGGGAGCACAAGCAGAGCUGAUCGAAGAUGCAUUCCGUCGUGCCGUUCUGUCUAAUAACUCUGAGGCGGAAGUUGAGUUCGCCGAGCAGGAUGGCAACUUGGUCGUACCCCGCCUUGUCCCCGACGAAGAUAUUAAUCUUCGCGUUCAUCGCGAGUUUGGUCCAUCUGCACCUUACCUCCAAAACUUCCGACAGCCUGGACGCAAAUUGGAGCUUACGACCGAGACCAAGGGAUCAUUGGAUGCGCUGUAUUUCGAAGAUGCCCCAGCACGUGAGACCUUAGGAGACAACGAGGUUGAGAUGGAGGUUGUGGCCAGUUGUUUGAGUCGAGACGAUGUCGCGGCAAUCAUGCAUGAUAGUAUGAUUCCAGCCCCUCUCGCGCGUUCUUGCAGCGGUAUCGUCACUCGUAUCGGUCGCAAAGUCGCUAAUAUCAAAGUGCGUGAUCGCGUCUGCGCCUUGGCUGAGGGACCACUUGGUACCCAUGCUUGCGCCCGCGACGCGACCACCAUUCAGAUUCCUGGAGGUUUAAGCUUCGAGGCUGCAGCUUUGAUCCCGUCCGCUUUCUGCGCAGCGUUCUAUUCGCUCGCUGAAGUAGCGCGAGUCCGCGAGGGAGAGCGAGUCUUGGUGCAGCUCACUGGCGACGCCGGUCUUGCUGCUGUCCAUGUUGCCCAGUGCCUCGGCGCCGAGACCUUCGUCGCGGUCAAUAGUAAUGAGAAACGAGAUAUCGUCAUCAAGUCGUGCGGCCUAUCUCCUGAUCAUGUCUCUGACGUGUCGAGUAUGUACUUCGGUCAUGAGAUGCAAGACGCUACUCAGGGAUACGGCAUGGAUAUCGUCUUCACCUCAACCAGCACAUCCACUUGGACCACCACUGAAAAGGCCAAGAUAUGGGAAUGCGUUGCUCCCUUUGGACGUGUCGUCCAAGUCCGCAGCGGUUCGGAUGCUAAGAAGGACAAAGAGAGUGCCCGACCGAAUCUUGCUGAGAAUGCUAGCUUUGUGUCUGUCAACAUGGCGAGCAUGGCUGCUGCGAGACCGCAAGUAGUGGCCAACAUUUUGCACGAUGUCAUGGAGAGGUUUGCUCAGGGCGGUUUCCGCCCUUUGAAGAAUUUGACGAUACUGUCAGUGGCAGAUCUGCGGCAGGGAAUUCAGAUUGUUCAGGAUGAGGAUUUGAGCCCUGUGGUCAUUAUCCCGCAGAACGGGGAGCAAGUUAAGGUGUCGCACCCUGCCAGCAGCUGCAGCCUCAACCCUGACGGUACUCAUGUCAUCGUCGGUGGUACCGGUGGGUUGGGUCGCAGCAUGGCCCGCUGGAUGAUUCAGCACGGCGCGCGGUACAUCGUUCUCCUCUCACGCGGUGGUGGUCAGGACACGAAGGUGCAACAACUGAUAAAUGACACGCGAGACCAGGCUACCAUUGUUGUCCACGCCUGCGACAUUUCAAAUGAGGAUCAUGUCCGCCAGCUUGUCAGUGACUGCGCAAAGACUCUUCCCCCCAUCUGUGGUGUGGUGAAUGGCGCGAUGGCCCUCCACGAUGGACUUUUCGAAGAGAUGACGUAUGAGUCGUAUACUUCCGCUAUCCGUGCCAAAGUGGCUGGGACUUGGAAUGUGCACCAUGCCCUGCGAACCGCCAAUUUACCCCUCGAUUAUUUCGUCCUACUUUCAUCCGCGGCUGGUGUUCUGGGAAGUCGAGGCCAAGCUGCGUACGCCGCCGCCAACACCUUCCUCGAUGCUUUUGCACAGUAUCGCCAACGCCAGGGUCUUCCAGGUGUGUCGAUUGACCUCACUGCUGUCACGGGCGCGGGAUAUAUUGCUGAGAACGCGGACCGCUCUGCCGACAUUUUUAAGAAUUUUGGCGGCGAAACUCUCUCCGAGGAAGAGGUACUUGGGCUGUUGGCUGUUGCCAUGAGCAAUACCUGUCCGCCCCAGAUUCUCACUGGGCUUAAGCUCGUGCCCGACGCCAAUGGUAACCUCCCUUACUACAACGUGGACCCACGCUUUACCCACCUGAAAGCGGACGCAUUGGCGGCUAUCAAAGCUGCUGGCCUUGCCUCCGGAGCGCCCAUCUCCUAUGGUACCGUGUUCCGUGCGGCUGCCAACGAUACCGAAGCGGCUGAGGCAGCAUCACAGGGCGUGCUGCACAAGUUGGCUGAAGUGUUAUCUGUGGAAUUGGCAGAUGUGGAUGCGGAGAGGAGUAUGGCUAGUUACGGGCUGGACAGUUUGACGGCGAUUGAGAUUAGGAAUUGGAUCACGCGCGAAAUGAGGGCCAAUUUGCAAAUUUUGGAACUAUUGACCAGCGGAUGUGUGAGGGAGUUGGCGGGUUUGAUUGUGAGUAGAGCUCGGGGGUGAGAACUAGCAUAAUGCGGAUGUGACAAUCCAGUUGGGAUUUUUGAUUGAAGAUAGAUCGGUAAAGUAUGUGUAGUCGGGUUGUACGAAGCUGGUGUUAUCUAAUUUGCAUUUUGGGAAGAUUGAUGGGUCAGAAUUUACAUAGGCUUUCGUUUGAUAGUAAUUGGAAAUAAAUAUUAUGUUCGG